CUCUUCCACGAGUACAACGCGUUCCUGGCGCGGGAGCCGCGGCCGCCGGCGGGCCCCGAGCGCUACGACGAGUGCCUGAUCGGGCUGCUGGGGGGGCUGCAGGAGAAACCCGACCAGAAGGAUGGGAUCUUCACCAAGGUGGUGCUGGAGGCCCCGCUCAUCACCGAGAGCGCCCUCGAGGUCAUCCGCAAGUACUGCGAGGACGAGAGCCGCACCUACCUGGGCAUGUCCACGCUGAGGGACCUGAUCUUCAAGCGGCCCUCGCGGCAGUUCCAGUACCUGCACGUGCUGCUCGACCUCAGCUCCCACGAGAAGGACAAGGUGAGGCAGCAGGCCCUGCUGUUCAUCAAGCGCAUGUACGAGAAGGAGCAGCUGAGGGAGUACGUGGAGAAGUUCGCCCUCAAUUACCUGCAGCUCCUCGUGCACCCCAACCCCCCCUCCGUGCUCUUCGGGGCCGACAAGGACACAGAGGUGGCAGCCCCCUGGACGGAGGAGACGAUCCGGCAGUGCCUGUACCUGUACCUGGCGCUGCUGCCCCUCAAUCACCGGCUGAUCCACGAGCUGGCGGCCGUCUACACCGAGGCCAUCGCCGACAUCAAACGCACCGUGCUCAGGGUCAUCGAGCAGCCCAUCCGUGGGAUGGGCAUGAACUCCCCGGAGCUGCUGCUGCUGGUGGAGAACUGUCCCAAGGGCGCUGAGACCCUCGUGACGCGCUGCCUGCACAGCCUCACCGACAAGGUGCCCCCCUCCCCUGAGCUGGUGCGCCGGGUGCGUGACCUGUACCACAAGCGCCUGCCGGACGUUCGGUUCCUCAUCCCCGUCCUCAACGGGCUCGAGAAGAAAGAGGUGAUUCAGGCGCUGCCCAAACUCAUCAAACUCAACCCCAUCGUGGUCAAGGAGGUUUUCAAUCGACUGCUGGGGACACAGCACGGUGACGGCUCGUCCUCGGUGUCUCCGCUGAACCCGGGGGAGCUCUUGGUGGCCCUGCACAACAUCGACUCCAGCAAGUGUGACAUGAAAUCCAUCAUCAAGGCCACCAACCUGUGCUUUGCUGAGCGCAAUGUGUACACAUCAGAGGUGUUGGCCGUGGCGCUGCAGCAGCUGCUGGAGCAGAACCCCCUGCCCGUGCUGCUGAUGAGAACUGUCAUACAGGCCCUGGCAUCGUAUCCUCGCCUGGGGGGCUUUGUGAUGAAUGUCCUGUCCAGGCUGAUCAUGAAACAGGUGUGGAAGCACCCCAAGGUGUGGGAGGGGUUCAUCAAGUGCUGUCAGCGCACUCGCCCCCAGUCGUUCCCGGUGGUCCUGCAGUUGCCCCCCCCCCAGCUCGCCGCCGUCUUCGAGAAGUGCCCCGAGCUGAGGGAGCCCCUGCUGGCCCACGUCAGGGCCCUCACCCCACACCAGCAAGCGCACAUCCCCCUCUCCACCAUGGCCGUGCUCGAGGCCUCCGCUCGCCACGACCCCGGGAGGGACCCCGGGAGAGUCCUCUGA